CUAGCGGCCGAACCUGCCUUCUGAGGCAGUCGUGGAUUUUCCCCUUGACGCAAAAGGGAAGAAGGUGAGAGUUUAUCGUGCUCCGCGACCAAGGAAGCCAAUCAUGUCGUGGAAGGCGGAAGAAGUGUUUGGAAGUGAAUAUCUGCAGUGACUGAGUUUUGCAAUUUUAGUGAACCCAAGGCGACUGUCACAGGACGCAGCAUUGCGAGCAGCAGUUGAGAAGUUCAAAGGCGGAAAUGGGAAACAAAUUGCUGCGAAAUUACCCAACCGGUCAGAUGUUAAGUGCCUUCACCGCGGGCAGAAGGUCCUUGAUCCUGCCCUCGUGAAAGGAUACUGGACCAAAGAGGAGGAUGAUAAGUUGCUGGAAUUGGUUAACACGUUCUGCACCAAGAGAUGGCUGCCAUCGCUCGGUCAUUGCCUAGUAGAAAUGGCAAGCAGUGUCGAGAGAGUUACUUUGGGACAACUUUUGGGUAGCAAGCUUUUGGUUCCUCGGGCUUUCAUCUACAAGGUUGCGCAAAUGGCGGGAAUUAUCUGUGGAGCAGGACUCGUCAAGGAUUGCCCAAAACUCCACUCCAGGUCGUGGGUGGUGCGACGAAUACCAUCAGUGCAGAUUUCAACAUCGGCACAUGUCCAGCAGCAGAAAUCAUCGAAAAUUUCUUACUGGUUUACGUGGCGAGGGGAGGAGAAAUGGGGCAUGGGGGAGCAAAAAAAUACGAAGUACAAGUUCCCUGCGGGGAAGGGAGGCCGCGAGGGAAAGAGCCCAAUGGUCGAGUGGGAGUGGGGCGAGCUAAAGCGGGAGGGCCUCCAUGGUCGAAGCGGGAGGUCGGGAUGCGGGCCCGGGCGGGCAGAGCUCGCGUGUUCGCCCCAUUGCCCGUCGGGCUUGCAGUUUUCGUUGUCCAUCUGGCGACCAUUCUCAUCACUGGCUGUGGAAUCAACCCUGCACAAAGAGUCGGCCCGGCUGCUCUCUCGAACUACCAGCAAGUUUAAAAUGACCAGGUGAUUCAUAGUAUCUCAACCUAUCACACUUAAAUGUGUUAUGUCAAACUCUUCCCAUUGACCGAAAUUCUCAGAAAAUCCAAGAUCCAGUCUCUCGCUCUCGCAUGAACAUUCUGCACGACAGCAGAUGACAGGGCUUGUAAUUUGGUACAUCUGCUUUGAGCAGUGGAUCUUCUGGGUUGGUCCCUUCAUCGGAGCUACCUUGGCUGCCACCUAUCACCAGUUCGUCAUCCGUGCUUUGACGCUAGUAUCACACUUCCUGUUCCCGCUCAUUCCAUGUCCGGGCCCAUGAGUAUUUCAGGGAGAAAACUUGAGAACAA